UACCAAGAAAACCCCAAAUGGGGUCACAGAGAGUCAGACACAACUGAACAACAAGGAAUUGAAAAGCUGAGAAACUUUUAGAUUUGAAGCUGGAAGGGGAUGAAAAGGCCAACUAGCUCACGUCCCCUCAUUUUACAGAUGAGGAGCCUAAAGCCCAGGGAGUUGAAUCUACUCCUCUAAACCACCCAGGCAGUAAGGAUCUGGGAUGGGAUUCAAGCACAGGCCAGAGGCUCUUAAUACUCUUCCCCCUAUUAGAAUGGGAGCUCCUUCAGAGCAAGAAACAUCUUGGUUUUUUUUCUCUUUGUAUCCCAGGGAUUAGCACAGUGCCUGGCUUACCAUAAGGUAUUUCAUUGUGUUUGUUUGUUUGUUUGUUUGUUUUUUCAUUCAUUCAGAAGGUCAGAGUUUUAGAAGUGGAAAGGAUCCUACAGGUUAUGUAAUCCAAGAAUUCUUCACCUGGGGUCUGUGAACGUGUUUCUUUGAUGCUUUGCUAACUGUUUCAGUGGAAUUGGUUUCCUUUGUAAUCUUCUGUUUCUAUCUUAGAAGCAGCUAGCUAGUAGGCAUUGUAGAUAGAGUCCUACUUGUGAAGACAGGGAGACUCUAGCUGUAAUCCAACCUGAGACACUUACUAGCUGUGUGACUUUGGGCAAGGCACUUAACAUCUGACUGCCUCAGUUUCCUGAUCUAUAAAAUGGGUAUAAAACGGGGCAGUUAGGCAGUGAGUGCAUUGGAUAGAAUGCCAGCCCUGGAGUCAAGAGGAUGUGAGUUCAAAUCUGAACUCAGAAACUUUCUAGUUGUGUGACCUGGCAAAUCACUUAACCUUGUUGGCCUCAGUUUCCUUAUCUAUAAAAUGAGGGGUGUAAAUGGCAAACCAUUCCAGUAUUCUUGCCAAGAAAACUCCAAAUUCAUGAAGAGUUGGAUGUGAUUGAAAAAAUGUCUGAACAACAAAAAAGAAUGUAAAACAUUUAGUGCAGUGACUGACACAUAGUAGGCACUUAAUAAACAUGCUUACUCCCUUUCCAUUACCUUUAUUUGAUUUUUAAAAUUCUUACUUUAUGUCCUAGUAACAAUUCUAAGAUAGGAGGACAAGGGCUAUGCAAUGGGUGUUUAGUAACUUGCCCAGGGUCAUACAGCUAGAAAAUGUCUGAGGACAGAUUUGAACCCAGGUCCAUGCAACUCCAGGCCUGCCUCUCUAUCCACUGAGCUCCCUAGCUGCCCCCUUUAUUUUUAUUUCAUACAUUUAAAAUUGUAACUUGAAAAAGGAAUUGUUAGGUUUCACCAGGUUGACAAAGAAGCUUAGAACAUACUAAAUAAAGAUAAAGAACCCUAAUUCUAUUCUAAUGACUUCAUUUUACAGAUCAGGAAACUGACACACAAUGAGGUCAAAUGACUUCCCUAAGGACACACAGUAAUAAGCACCAAAGACAAGAUUUAAACCCAAUUCGUUGAUCUAGAGCCAAAAAGAACCUUAGCCCUACCAUAGGACAACCCUCUCAUUUACAAAUGAGGUAACUAAGACCUAGAAUAUAUAAAUGACUUAGUAUCCUAGGAUCACCAUAGCUAGAACAGAAGUUCAAGUUCUCACACUGACAUCUCCCAUCUUUGCUAACUUAAGGGUGGCUUAGACAGCUAGCCAGAUGCUUUCUUUUCUUUCAGGGAUUGAUGUUUUGGGUGAGCCUAUCUUAGUCUCAAUGGACUUGACCAAUUGGGGCAGGAAGAGGAAUAUCUCAAUCAACUGGGAUGGGAAGCCCGUGUCACUGUCUCCACUUGAGUCCCAGCCCCACAGCCCACGGUACACAGCCUCAAGUCAGCGCGAGCGAGAAAGUCUGGAGGUGCGCAUGCGAGAGGUGGAAGAGGAGAACCGGGUCCUCCGCAAGCAGCUUAGCCUGGCCCAAAGCCGGAACCCAUCCCACCGCCGAGGCAACCACUCCAAAACCUAUUCCAUGGAGGAGGGGACAGGUGACAGUGAGAACCUCAGGGCUGGCAUCGUGGCUGGCAACAGCUCUGAAUGUGGGCAGCAACCAGCGGUGGAGAAGUGUGAGACGAUCCACGUUGCCAUCGUCUGCGCUGGAUACAACGCCAGCCGAGAUGUCGUCACUUUGGUCAAGUCUGUCUUGUUUCAUAGACGGAACCCUCUACACUUCCAUCUCAUCGCUGAUGCCAUUGCCAAGCAAAUCCUGGCCACUCUCUUCCAAACAUGGAUGGUGCCUGCCGUGCGAGUAGACUUCUAUGAUGCUGAUGAACUAAAGUCGGAGGUCUCUUGGAUCCCCAACAAACACUACUCUGGGAUAUAUGGGCUGAUGAAGCUGGUGCUGACCAAGACCCUUCCUGCCAACCUAGAGAGAGUCAUCGUCCUGGACACAGACAUCACCUUUGCCACAGAUAUAGCUGAGCUCUGGGCCGUGUUCCACAAAUUCAAAGGUCAACAAGUUUUGGGCUUGGUAGAGAACCAGAGUGACUGGUACUUAGGAAACCUGUGGAAAAAUCACCGACCAUGGCCUGCCCUUGGAAGAGGCUACAACACAGGGGUGAUCUUGUUGCUUUUGGAUAAGCUUCGAAAGAUGAAGUGGGAGCAGAUGUGGAGGCUGACAGCUGAGAGGGAGUUGAUGAGCAUGCUUUCCACCUCACUGGCUGACCAGGAUAUUUUCAAUGCUGUCAUCAAGCAGAAUCCAUUUCUCGUGUAUCAGCUCCCCUGCUUCUGGAAUGUCCAGCUGUCUGACCACACUCGUUCUGAACAGUGUUACCGGGAUGUAUCUGAUCUAAAGGUGAUCCAUUGGAACUCCCCAAAGAAGCUCCGGGUAAAGAACAAACAUGUUGAGUUCUUCCGAAACCUGUACCUGACAUUUCUGGAGUAUGAUGGGAAUCUGCUGAGGCGUGAGCUAUUUGGAUGUCCCAGUGAGGCUGACGUCAACAGUGAAAAUCUCCAGAAGCAACUUUCCGAGCUGGAUGAGGACGACCUGUGCUAUGAGUUUCGGAGAGAACGCUUCACAGUCCAUCGCACACACCUCUACUUCCUGCACUAUGAAUAUGAACCCACCUCAGACAACACCGAUGUCACCCUUGUGGCUCAGCUCUCAAUGGACAGGCUCCAGAUGCUUGAGGCCAUCUGCAAACACUGGGAGGGGCCCAUCAGCUUGGCUCUGUACCUGUCCGAUGCCGAAGCCCAGCAGUUCCUGCGCUAUGCCCAGGGCUCUGAGGUCCUCAUGAGCCGCCAUAAUGUUGGCUAUCACAUCGUGUAUAAAGAGGGCCAGUUCUACCCUGUGAACCUUCUACGCAAUGUGGCCAUGAAACAUAUCAGCACGCCAUAUAUGUUUCUAUCUGACAUUGACUUCCUGCCUAUGUACGGACUCUGUGAGUACCUCAGGAAGUCAGUCAUCCAGCUAGACUUGGCCAAUACCAAGAAGGCACUGAUUGUGCCAGCUUUUGAAACCCUCCGGUACCGCCUAUCCUUCCCCAAGUCCAAAGCAGAGCUCCUAUCGAUGUUGGAUAUGGGGACUCUCUUCACUUUCAGGUAUCACGUUUGGACAAAAGGGCACGCCCCUACCAACUUCGCCAAGUGGAGAACAGCCACCACCCCAUACCGGGUCGAAUGGGAAGCAGACUUUGAGCCCUACGUCGUAGUUAGACGUGACUGCCCUGAAUAUGACCGGAGGUUUGUUGGGUUUGGAUGGAACAAGGUGGCCCACAUCAUGGAGCUGGAUGCACAGGAGUAUGAGUUCACUGUGCUCCCCAAUGCCUACAUGAUCCAUAUGCCCCAUGCUCCCAGCUUCGACAUCACCAAGUUCCGCUCCAACAAGCAAUACCGCAUCUGUCUCAAGACCCUGAAGGAAGAGUUCCAGCAGGAUAUGUCCCGUCGCUAUGGCUUUGCUGCCCUUAAAUAUCUCACGGCUGAGAAUAACAGCUAGCAUAAUGGGUCCCAUCAUUGGGAGAUCAGAGACAAUGGAAGGUGAGAACCACUUGCUAUCCUGGGCCCGGUCUUAAAAACUCAACACUGAGAAAUUAUUUUUUUGUUGUUUUUGUUUUGUUUGGGAUUUUUUUCUUCUUUGUUUUUCCUCUGGUCCAAACCAGUCAUUUUUGCUGCAGAGAUCCGGGACCGUGCCCACUCCUUCUCUGUCUCUUACUUGAGUGCUCUGAAGAUACAGACAUGUAACCCAACUGGACAUCCACCAAGGCCAUGGGGACAGAAAGAGGUGGCCAGACAGGAAGGGCUUACUUUCUUUCCAACAAAGCAACAAGAAGUCUUCAGAAUGUUCAUGCAAUCACUGGAUAACCAUGACACGGAUUUCAGCCAGGGGGGGAAAAAGUGGAAGUCUUGGGUUUGCCAUCCUAUGAAUUUCAAAAAUUAAAAAAGCUACUUUGCUUCUCUAAAAGUCAACUUUCUCCUUUACUCUACCAACCUAAAUAAGCACCCAAGGGCAAAGUCGGCUAAAGGGUUGGAUUGACCAUUUGUCACCUUGAAUGAAGAAGGAGGAAGCUCUACUCUUCCCCCCAGGGAAAAGGACAAAAGGGGGAAACCACUGGCUCAAACCUGUAGGGAGUUUUGGUUGGUUCUUUAUCCUCAAAAUCAAUCUUUUUUGUCUGGGAGUUCAAAAGGGGAGGUGGGGAGGCGGGAAUCAAUUGUUUUAAAGCUCAGAAAGGAAGUCAGUGGCCUCAGUAGUUUUCAAUCACUUCUCAUGAUUUAACAUUGAGGCAUCUGGAGCUGGUAUUGAAAAGUAUCAAACUGGAAACAAACACCCACGAUGCGCAUCGCUCACCUUUCGAGAAUGACAUGAGCGGAAGGAGGACAAGUUCAACACUAGGGCUGACUGUUUUCUCUUGACAGACACCAGAUCCUAGAAAAAAGACACUGGGGUUGGAGAUGCUGUGCAGAGUUCUUAAGUGAGCUAGUGAAGGUGAACUUGUCCCUCCGCCUUGGACAGACGUUGCCAAAGCUGUCAACUCUCACAAUAAUAGAAUUACAAAAGAGCUUCAUUUUGAGGAAUAAAGUCUCCUUUGGGGGGAGGUGGAUUUCAGGGAAAGAAAAGGAUUUUGCAUCUGGGCAUGGUUCUGCCCACCUCACCAUGGCCAGGGAGAGAAUUUACUGCCUUGGCCUCUCCAGGAAUCUGCUGGAGGAUGAUCCUCCCAGAGGAGUCACCACCACCCACAAUGAGGAGACACUGGACUUUUUACCAUUUUCUUUCUUCCUCACUAUUACUGUUGUGUUUACAUUGGCAGGAACAAGAUUUAAUGCACUACCCCCUCUGCUGGGCUGUUUGUAUCAAGUUGCAAUGUGGCCGGAGAAAGCCGACUUUAAUAAAUGAGAGAACAGACUGUUCCUUUUGCUGCC